AUGCAGGAUGGAGAAUGCGCAAAAGGACACUAUGCAUAUAUGGGCGACCUGCUGGUCGUGGCCAAGGCCUUGUCGCCGGAGAGAGUGGCCUUGGCCGGACUGGAUCGUGGGCUUAUCGAAGGAAUGCUUCAGCAAUUGGCAGAUAUGUAUUCUCUUUCGGAUGCAUCCGCUCCGUUUGAACUGCCUCCUAACUGGAUCGUGAAUGCUAUCGCAAAAGAGAAGGUCAAGCGUCAGGUGGAGAAGGACAGCAGAGGGCGACAGCCUAAGCAGGAGGGGGCUAAGAAGGACACGUUCUGGAAGGCGGUGUUCAAGUUUGUUCGGAAUUCCGUGUUGCCCAUUCCCAAGAGUUACUACGACAAUGUGGAGGCCAUGAUAAGCGACGUGGAGUUCCGACUAGAGGGGAAGAACGUGGCCGUGGACGCUGUGAGGGCAAUCUCUGACCAGUUACGACGGUUGUAUACGGACCCAUCUUGCCCCGUUUCUAAAGAAGAUGUGCGGGCGGCCUUUGCUCAAUAUAUUAGGUCAUUCCUCAAGUGUGAGACGCGACGAGAUUUGCUUGCUGAACUAUCGCACAAAAUGACUACCAAACAAGUCUUCAUUGUGGCCGUAAUGGGUACUAAUGGUGUAGGAAAGUCGACAACCCUAGCCAAGCUAGCUUACCACAUUAAAGGGAAUUCGAACGCGCGAAUUUUGGUGGCAGCCUGUGACACAUUCCGCUCUGGAGCCGUAGAACAACUCCGUCAACACUGCCACGCUUUGCAUCUAGACCUAUUCGAUCGUGGCUAUGGAAAUGAACCGGCCCAAGUCGCCUACGAUGCUCUAGAGACUGCCAAAAACAACCAUUACGACGUACUCCUCAUCGACACUGCCGGCCGAAUGCAAACUAACCAACCCUUGAUGACCGCUCUUGCCAAACUGGUCACAACCACGGCUCCCGACCUCAACCUCUUUGUCGGAGAAGCGCUAGUCGGCAACGAUUGCGUCGACCAAAUUGCAGCCUUCGAUCACACUCUACGACAGACACCCAAAAAACAUACCAUAGACGGUAUCAUCCUGACCAAAUUCGACACUGUCGACGAAAAGAUCGGUGCUACACUUUCCGUUGCAUUCCAAUCCAAAAAGCCGAUCCUCUAUGUCGGAACGGGGCAGCAGUACUCUGACAUCAGAACCCUGGACGUAAGCCUUACUGCCCGGCCGAAUCAAUACUGGUCUCUUUUAGGCAUCCCACGUAGUAGACGUUCUCCUGUCUUGAAAACAGCUCAAGAUAAGAGCAGCAGCUCAAGACAAAAAGCAACAGCUAAAGACAAGAGCAAUCGCUUCUUUCUCUCCCGUACUGGAGGCUGUCUCCUCUCAGUACUGGAAGCUGUCUCCUCUCAGUACUGGAAGCUGUCUCCUCUCAGUACUGGAAGCUGUCUCCUCUCAGUACUGGGUGCUGUGUCAUGGACGCAACCGCCGAUCUACGCUGCCUCGGACGACUACUUGGUCGCUGGGGGGUAG